AUGGGGUUGUUCAACAAGAAGGAGACUGCUGAGUCUCCUGUUAUUACCGACAAGAACCUCAGCAGCGCUGAAGGAACUCCAGCAGCACACACACCAGCCGAUACUCCUCGUGUCGCCAGAUCCUUAAAUGGUUCUGCACCAGAGCAUCAUGAUAUAGUACCCGAGGAAGCUCUCGACAACUUGCCUGUCACCAAAUUAGCUAUUAUGCUUGGUGCUAUCGCAUCUAUCGGUGGUUUCAUGUUCGGUUAUGAAUCUGGUCAAAUUUCUGGUUUCGUCCAAAUGUCCGACUUCUUAGAUCGAUUCGGUGAAAAUGGUGAACUUUCUGCUGUCCGUCAAGGAACCAUCGUCGCCAUUCUCUGCGCCGGUACUCUUGUUGGAUGCCUUGGAUCUAGUUACCUCUGCGAUACAAUCGGUCGUCGUUACACUAUCUCCAGUUCUGCAUUCUUCUACAUCAUCGGUGUUAUCAUCGAAAUCACUUCUUCUACUCACUGGGUUCAAUUCGCUAUGGGGAGAUUCACUGCUGGUUUGGGUAUUGGUGCUUUGAGUACUAGUGUUCCUAUGUACCAAUCUGAGUCUGUGCCAAAGAACAUUCGUGGUGCUGUCGUUUCCAGUUAUCAGUUGUUGAUUACUCUUGGUAUCUGGACUGCUUAUAUGAUCAACUACGGAACUCAUUCUGCCUAUACCAACAGUGCACAGUGGCGUAUUCCUAACGGUCUCUCCGCACUCUGGGCCAUCAUCCUCGGUACCGCUGUCCUCUUCAUGCCCGAAUCCCCUCGCUUUGCAUACCGUAUCGGACGUGAAGAUGAAGCUCGCAAAAACAUGGCUCUCCUCAACGGUGUUGACCCUUACUCCCCACUUAUCGAUUCCGAGAUCCAAGAAAUCGAACAAAAGCUCGCAGCCGAAAGAGAAGGUGGUGAUCACCCCUGGUACGAAAUCUUUACUGGCCCUAGAAUGUUGUACCGAACACUUCUCGGAAUGGUUCUUCAAGCUGGUCAACAAUUGACUGGUGCCAAUUUCUUCUUCUACUAUGGUACUACCAUCUUCAAGUCUGGUGGUAUCUCUGAUUCUUAUGUUACCUCUAUCAUUCUCGGUACCGUCAAUGUCGUCGCUACCAUUGGUGGUCUCUGGAUUGUUAAGAACUGCGGUCGUAGGAAGGCUCUCAUGGUUGGUGCUGCCGAGAUGUUU